AUGUCCUUGAUACCUCAAUCGUCAGCAUCUAAUCCUCCAUCUCUUAUAGUCUAUGUUUGUGAAAAGGAAGGAUCCAAAAGAGGCCAAACAAUGUAUUUAUUUAUAGAGGAUUUGGCUAACUGGCUUGCAAAUCCUAAGAUAAAAAAUAACCCAACCAUUAUUAAUAAAAAGGUCCCAAAAACAGAUAUAGAAUGGUUUGAUUUAAUGAAAGAGUCUUCUAGUAAAUGGCAAAAGAAAACCAAAGUAUCCCAACCAAUAGAAGAAAAUUCUGAAACAGAUUUGGCCUGA